GGCGGGGCCUGCGCGCGCAUGCGCCGCGACGGAACGCGCUGGCGGUUGCAGCGAGCCGGUCCCUGCGGGCGUGAGAGUUGCUCUCGGAGGCGGGUAAGGGCGGUUAGGUGCUCCCGGCCACGCUCCCGGCCCCGGGAGAUGUCCUUUGCUCCUCAGAUGUAAUGCACUUUAAAUUUGUUAUUCAACAGUGAAAAUGAGUCAUACAGAGGUUAAAUUGAAAAUACCUUUUGGGAAUAAAUUACUAGAUGCUGUUUGUUUGGUACCUAACAAGAGCUUAACAUAUGGAAUAAUUCUUACACAUGGAGCUUCAGGAGAUAUGAAUCUUCCUCAUUUGAUGUCACUGGCGUCCCAUCUUGCAUCUCAUGGUUUUUUUUGCCUGAGGUUUACCUGUAAAGGCCUUAAUAUUGUACAUAGAAUUAAGGCAUAUAAAUCAGUUUUGAGUUACCUCAAGACCUCAGAAUACAAACUUGCAGGUGUUUUCCUUGGAGGUCGCUCAAUGGGCUCAAGAGCAGCUGCUUCUGUAAUGUGUCAUAUUGAGCCAGCUGAUGCUAAUGAUUUUGUUCGAGGUCUCGUUUGUAUUUCUUAUCCACUGCACCAUCCUAAACAGCAGCAUAAACUUAGAGAUGAAGAUCUCUUUCGUAUAAAAGAUCCUGUACUAUUUGUGUCAGGCUCAGCAGAUGAAAUGUGUGAAAAGAACUUGUUGGAGAAAGUCGCACAGAAAAUGCAAGCUCCUAAUAAAAUCCACUGGAUUGAGAAGGCAAAUCAUUCCAUGGCAGUGAAAGGACGGUCAACGAAUGAUGUUUUCAAAGAAAUAAAUACACAAAUUUUGUUUUGGAUUCAGGAAAUCACUGAAAGGGACAAGAAAUAAUUGUCUUUAGUUAAAAGCCAUGUUAUUUUGAAUACAAAUACAGUUAAUUUGAUAAAGAACAGCAUAACUCUCAGCAUUAUGAGGUAUAUUUUCAACUAACUUAAUGUUCUUUAAUGUUCCCCCAUUUAUAAAACAUGUUUUAAUUGUGAAAUCGAUGUAUUUUACAAAAUGUGUUUUGAAAGCAUAGUUCUAUAAAGAUGAUGCACAAAUGUUGAAGACAGUCUAAAUAUAAUUUAUUUUUAUUAAUAUAGUUAAGUUUGAAAGAAUUAAACAUUUGAAUUUUGUUACAGUGGAA